AUAAAACGAAAACAAAAAAUGUAAUACUAUUUAAUUUUGAAUGAAAAAUUUAACACAGCCAUUGAUUUGCAGUAAGUAAUGCUAGCAAAAUUAUUUAUUACUUAAGACAAAUUACUUACUAAUAGUACCGUUUAUGAACUAAACUUGAAUUCAUUAAUUUGUUAUGACUGUAAUCUUUGUAUGAAAUCUAUUACAAAAUGUUUAUAUUGGUGUAUUCGUAUAAUAUACGUUUUGAUAGGGUUCAUAUAAUUAGGAAAAAAUAUAAAAUUAAAAAGACGAAGUACUCAAAUAGAUUUACGACUAUAAAGCAUAAAGGUAUACGGUAAUUGCUUUAUGUUAAUGAUUUCAGUACAUUUUGCUUCGUCAUAUUCACUGUAGACAACAAAAAGUUUAUAAGGUCGUCCGCGUUUGAAACCAGGCUCUAUAUAUGCGCUCCUAUUCUCGUUUGGCCCACUUUUGGUCCACCUUAAAUAUCUUCGUCUCGCGUUAUUUUGACACAAACAGACAGACGACGCGCAGAUGCAGAGGCUGUCAAAUCAGAGCGACCGCGGCGCAUACACGGGCUCCACUUACAUAAAAAAGGGUGCCAGGGGUUUUUUUUAAGCCCACUUUUGUUUUGUCCAACCUUGACCAGUGGCGGUCUUUUUCCUCGGAACUACUUUUAUUGUUGGGGACAUGAAAAACGAUCAUCAUUGCGGAGUGUCGGACUUUUUGAAUAGCUGAAGAAAACAAAAGUACUUUUCUUCUAUUUCUACUUCUCACAGUUCAGGCGCAGCCGGAGAAGAAGAGCUCUGUUUUGAUUUUCUGCCUUAUUUUGAGACACAAAACUUUGUUGAAGGAAAUUCUUCCUUUCGCAGAGGAAAUAUUGGGCUUGUUCAAGGGAAUAAGCCUCUAGUUUCACCCCUGUUACCAUGCUGCCCAGCACAGCGAUGUACGCGGUCAAGAAACGGAAGAAGCCGGUGCAGAAAAUCCCCAAACCUCCACCGUCUAAUGCCACCAAGUCCAACCCAUCCAAACGUCACCGUGACCGACUCAACGGUGAGCUGGACAAGCUCACCAGCCUGCUGCCCUUUACCGAAGAAGUCAGGGCUCGGCUGGAUAAGCUGUCAGUGCUGCGUCUUAGCGUGGGUUACCUGAAGGUCAAGAGCUUCUUCAACGCCACGAUGAAGAAAAGCCAGAACAGCUCCUCUUGGACCAGCGAGGGUAGCCUGAUGUUCAGGGGGAACCAAAACUCCUUGCCUACGCCCUCCUCAUCCACCUCUGUUACCACAUCAUCCUCCACACCCUUCAAAUCCCAGGUGGCCUCCAUCGACGGAGUGAGCUUCUCUGAGGGCGACCUGCUCCUCCAGGCGCUGAAUGGCUUCGUGUUGGUUGUGUCAGCUGAGGGUUACAUCUUCUACACAUCCCCCACCAUCCAGGACUACCUGGGCUUCCAUCAGUCUGACGUGGUCCAUCAGAGUGUGUUUGAGCUGAUUCACACAGACGACAGACCUCUGUUCAGGCAGCAGCUUCACUUCGCCUUCAAGCCUAAUUCUGGCAAAGCUGACGGUGCGGAGGACAGUCACAGUGACCAAAGGUCUGCAGACAUCAGCAGUGGUCUGAUGGUGUUUGACCCUCAGGCUGUCCCUCCAGAAAACUCCUCCUUCCUGGAGAGAAACUUCUGCUGUCGGUUUCGCUGCCUGCUGGACAACUCUUCUGGCUUCCUGGCACUGAACUUCCACGGCCGUCUGAAGUUCCUCCACGGUCAGAGCCAGAUGGCGGAAGAUGGGACGCUGGCACCCCCUCAGCUCGCCCUCUUCUCCAUCGCUAUGCCGCUGCAGCCACCGUCAAUCGUGGAGAUCCGGACCAAGGCGCUAAUUUUCCAGACCAAACACAAGCUAGACUUCACUCCCAUGAGCAUCGACACGAGAGGUAAGGUGGUCCUAGGCUACAAUGAGACGGAGCUGUGUUCCAGAGGCUCAGGCUACAACUUCAUCCACGCUGCAGAUAUGAUGUACUGUGCUGAUAACCACGUAAGGAUGAUAAAGACUGGAGACAGUGGCUUCACCGUCUUCAGGCUGCUGACCAAGAGUAAGACCUGGAUCUGGGUCCAAGCAGUUGCCAGACUGGUCUUCAAGGCUGGGAAGCCCGACUUCAUCAUUGCCCGACAGAAAGCUUUGACGAAUGAAGAGGGAGAAGAACAGCUACGCCUCAGACGCCUGCAGCUGCCCUUUAACUUCGCCACCGGAGAGGCUCUGCUGUACGACGAAAUUCCACCUGUGGAAGUCCCUGACCAGUGCUCCAGCCCCAAGCAGAGAAAGCUGGACACAAACUCCUUCCACCAGGAAUCAGUUCUUGGAUGCAUGCUGAGGCAGGACCAGUCCAUCUACUGCGAGCACAACAAAACCAUCAGCUCCCUCAGCGACGUGGCCUUCCAGGACACCCACGCCACCGUCAGUGUUCCUGGAGACAUUUGGCAGCACUCGGUGCCCAAACCUCCAGAGAAUGUACUCAAGCCUGACACCACGGUUCAAGACAUGAUGGAGACCCUGCAGCAGAUCCUGGGGGACUCCAACAUAAUGGAGGACCUUGAGGUGGAGGCGGAAGAGCUGAAAGGCUGGGAGUGCACACUGCUGAGGAUGAGCAACAACGUGCCUGACGUCAGCGAGGACCUGAACGACAUUCUGUCUUAUGUUGAGGAGCAGCUGCAGAAGGAGGGUGGCUUCGAGGUGGUAGAUCAGAUGGGUGAAGUUCCAACAACGUUGUCCACUUUGGACCUCCAGUGCCCCAACGCCAAUCCUGCUGUAGAACAGAACUUUACCUGGUCUCUGGAAAACCAGCUUCUACAAAGUGGAGGACAACCUGUCCCAGAGACCACCAAACUGACUCACAUUGAUCUCACUCAGUUAGGUUCUUCUGUUCUGAGCAGCCCAGGCCUCCACCCUGCCACCUCACAGCUCCCCGCUCCAGGUGCUCUUUCCAACAUUAAUGCUGGAGCACUGUUUAACCCGUCCUCGGUCAACGCCACUGCUGCACCGUCCAACACCUUGAAGACCUUUCAGGUCUCCACCAAAGAAAACAACUAUGGAUCGUGUGAGCAGAGCAGCCGGCAUCAUUCUAAACAGCUCCCCCUGCAGGGACAGACCAGGCCCCCCCACCUACAAAACAGCCUCCUGGACCGUGGUGCAGAAAGGAAGUUAAAUCCUUCGUUCGACUCCCAGUGCGCCCCUUGGGGGUCAUCUGUGGCCAACACAGACCAAGUCAACAACUUUGUACAAACUUACAGCCAUCAUAUUUCAAACGUACCAGCUUUCAUGGGAAAUUGUCCUCCCGUGAGCAGCUUGCACGGCCACGUUUCACAUCAGACCCAGAGCAGUGAACACCACCCUCAGUCCUGGUCACUGGAGCAGCAGCUGCAGCAGCACGUGUCCAGUGGCUGCUCCAACCAGACGCCUGCGCUCAAGAAGAACUCCCCACCUGCCAAUGGCAGACCAAUGACUCUGGAAUCUACCAGUGGAACAUUUCCUGUUCCCCAGGACUUAGAGCCCCCCCAUGUGGUUCCACCAAGCAGCUGCAGAUUCAGCAACCACACCGCCCCUGUGUCUGUCAAAGGACUUCACCUCACUCAAACGUCACCUGGUAAACAGAUCAACCCACCCACCCAUAACAAGAUCCCCUCCAAGCCCCCCUGCUUCUACCAGGGUCUUUCAGCAGGGGGGUCAGUGCUCGGUGUGCCCACAUUACCAAACAGUGAGGCUGUCAUUUCCUGUCACAUGACCACAGGUCUGGAGCUCAACGAUCUUCUGGCUCAGCAGCAGCUGUUCGACAACUUUAGUGAUCACACACAGGUUAACAACCAUUCUGUCAUGGGGCCCAAUGGUCACGCCUUCCACCCGCCCAAUCACAACUCUUUCUACUCAGAGAACAAGCAGUAAGGAGCCGUCGUGACGUGAGGACAACAGAGGAGCAGAGGUUUCAAAGUAAAGACUCCUGUCUCUAAACGAGAAACAAAACAGCAGACGAGCAGAGCUGUGUCCAAGUGUCUUUGAAUUUUUUGUUUGUUUGUUUGUUUUUUCAUUCAGAAAACAGCAUUUGCUGCUGUAAAACUCCAGUUAAGCUGCUUUUGGCUUUGUCCGAUGAGAAGUUUCACAAAGUUGGUUUCUGUUAGAAUUGGACAAUGAUUUUCUGACCUGGAGCUGAGUGGUUUCCACAGAUAACCUAAAAAAACAAAUCAGCGAUUUUUCUUUUUUUUUUUUCUCCUCACAAUAUCAGCAAAAAUGUUCAGUUUGUCUUGCACUUCUAUAUCACCAGAUUGUGGUUGAUUUUCCAUUCUGGAACAUUAGUCUUGGAUUAAGGAGUUAGGGUGUGGUCCUUGGUGCAACCUGACACCACUGUUUAGAACACUUCAUCUGGACCCGGAUGAUGACAACUUCCUGUCCAUCCUCUUAGCAAAAUAAUCUCCCCUGACGUGAGCUCCCAAAAGAUGGGAUUUAAUCUACUUAAGUUGUGACUUCAUUUCAACUUAAUACUGCCACCACAGAAAGGCUUACUCAGACAGGGUGUGGGGGUAUAUACAUAUAUAUAUAUGUAUAUAUAUAUAUGUAUAUAUAUAUAUGUAUAUAUGUAUAUAUACAUAUAUAUGUAUAUGUAUAUAUAUAUAUAUAUAUAUAUGUUGGACAGUGAGACCAACGAUUUAUCACUGCAGUUUUCAUUGAUGUUUCUCUUCACUGAGCCAUUUCUUCUUUUUUUUAUUUCUUAUUACUGCUUCAUCUCUGUUUUUUUUAUUCUUAUAUUCUGGACUGUUUUUCUUGUUUUAAAGGAAAGAACAAUGCAGACGGUGCCUUACUUUAAAGCCACAGAGCUGUGUGAAACUUUAAAGGAACAGUCUGUUAUAAAGCCCCUUCAAACUCCCUGGUAUUUGAUACUAAAUGGUCAAAUGUAAUUGCACUAUUCCCUCAAACCAAUGCCAAAGUGAAGUGAAGACACUACAUGUUUUCAAAUUCAAAACAAUCAUUUUCAUUCAGACCCAUCCCCUGUGUAGCAUAGAGUUUUGUACAAAAUUUGAUUUGUACUCAGUCCAACUUAGCUUUAAUAAAUAAAUAUACUAUCUAUUUUAAUUAUAUUCAAUUGUGAAAAUAGCAGUUUUGCGCAAAGCCUUAUACCUAUUGUUCAGUUUUGUUGGUAAUAACUUGAAUUUCACACUAAUUUUUCCAUCAAAAUUUCUCUCUUUCUUUGGUUUUUGUCCAAAGUGCAGAAGUAAAAACAGUCAAAGGCAGCUAUUGUGUAUCUAAGACAAAAGAGAGAGUAAAGGAGAGUAAAACAAACUUAAUCAUAUCAAGAUUUUAAAAACCAGUUACAAUUCUUCUUCUAAAAGUGCCUUAUUUGUAACACAGACUUUUUCUAUCACUUUGAAAACAUAGCACACGUUUUGGGGUAAGAAACAGCCUGACACUGCGAAAGUUGUACAUAGUUUCUACAGCUAAUACUGAGUCAAAAAAAAAACAAUCCAUUCACCAUUUUGUACUUUUGUAAAACAUUUGGAAACAAAAAUUCUAAAAAGUAUAAUACAAAAAGAAUGUUCCUGAAAU